AUGAUAGGAACCGCCGCCGCUGCCCUCGUCGGAGGAGCUACAGUCGCAGGAUAUUUGAAUGCCAAAUUUCAUAUCAAGAAGGAUAUAUCAGGGUUGUUCACGGUGAAGAACGCAGAACGACAAUAUGCCAAUGCUGUUAGUCAAAACCAAGGAAACCCAUGGUUCGUCCUAGUACAGACCGUGAAGCGAUACCCGGACAUGAUCUGUCUCUGGACUCGCGAGAGAUCAUACACCUACCGAGAAAUCCAAGACCAAGCCUGCCAAUAUGCCCAUUUCUUCCUAUCACACGGCGUGAAGAAAGGCGACCUCGUGGCCCUUUACCUCCAGAACAGCAACGAGUACCUCAUCGCAUGGGUCGCCCUCUGGAGCAUUGGAUGUGCCCCCGCCGCGAUAAAUUACAACCUCACCGGCGACGCGUUACUGCACUGCCUGAAGAUCAGCGACGCGACCAUUCUCCUCGUCGACGAAAGUGCCGACUGUCGCGCCCGCGUUGAAGAAAGCCAUGACGCUAUCACACGCAAUCUGGGAAUGAAGCCAAUGACACUAGAUAGCUCCCUAAAGGCGCAUAUCAGAACAUUCCCAACAGCCCUCCCACCCAAGGAACUGAGCAAGCAUGUGACCGGCGACUUCCCGGCGAUUCUCCUAUACACGUCUGGCACCACAGGUAUGCCUAAGGGCUGUGCGUUCACGAUGUCCAGACUCUAUACCACUCUCUUCGUCCGCCGUCCCAUGAUGGGAGAUACGCCUGGCCCAGCUGGUGAUCGCUGGUACAGCUGUAUGCCUUUGUAUCACGGCACGGCGGCUAUCACCAUAAUCUCGUGUCUGGUAAUGGGUGUAAGCGUCGCCAUUGCACCCAAGUUCAGCGUCAGUAGAUUCUGGACGGAUAUUCGCCACUCGGAGUCAACUAUUUUCGUGUAUGUCGGAGAGACUGCACGAUAUUUGCUCGCACCGCCCCCGUCGCCUGAAGAUCGAAACCACAAGGUCCGCUGUAUGUACGGUAACGGUCUCCGGCCGGAUAUCUGGGAGCGGUUCCGGGAGCGGUUUGGAGUCGCGGAAGUUGGGGAGUUCUUUAAUAGCACAGAAGGUGUCUUUGGUCUCUUCAACUACAAUCGUGGUCCUUUCACGGCUGGGAGUGUCGGUCACCACGGUUUGAUCAUGCGUUGUAUACUGCAUAAUGUCUUCAUCCCUGUUGCUAUUGACCCAGAGACUGGAGAUAUUCUGCGGGAUCCCAAGACUGGCUUUGCCAUUCGCUCGCCUUAUGAGCAGGGAGGUGAGAUUAUCGUGAACGUCCCCGGUGAAGACGCUUUCCAGGGGUACUGGCACAAUGAUGAGGCGACCAAUAAGAAGUUCUUGCGCGAUGUCUUCAAGAAGGGUGAUCUCUAUUAUCGAUCUGGAGAUGCUCUGCGCAGGCAGAGCGAUGGCCGGUGGUAUUUCCUCGACCGACUUGGGGAUACUUUCCGCUGGAAGAGCGAGAAUGUAGCGACCGCCGAGGUUUCGGAGGUCCUAGGCCAAUUCCCUGGCAUCACCGAAGCCAACGUGUACGGCGUCCGUCUUCCCAAUCACGAGGGACGCGCCGGGUGUGCAGCAAUUCAAAUUAGCCCGGAUGCACGUCGCACAUUUGAUUUCACAGAGCUCGCGAGAUUCAUACGCUCCAAGCUGCCCAAAUAUGCUGUUCCGUUGUUCCUUCGCAUCGUCGAGAAUCCCACUCACAUCCACAACCAUAAGCAGAACAAGGUGCCACUUCGUGACGAGGGUGUUGAUACUGCCUUGAUUGGGACUAAAGCCCCUGAGGGUAAGGAUGACCGCUUCUUGUGGAUUGCACCUGGUGAGGAGAGCUACUCGCCGUAUGGACAGAACGAGUGGGACCAACUGUCCAGUGGGAGUGUCCGGUUGUGA